GCGCCCGGCCGCAGCAUGAGCCAGGCUGAACUGUCCACCUGCUCGGCGCCGCAGACGCAGCGCAUCUUCCAGGAGGCGGUGCGCAAGGGGAACACGCAGGAGCUGCAGUCGCUGCUGCAGAACAUGACCAACUGCGAGUUUAACGUGAACUCCUUCGGGCCCGAGGGCCAGACAGCGCUGCACCAGUCGGUCAUCGACGGCAACCUGGAGCUCGUGAAGCUGCUGGUCAAGUUCGGCGCCGACAUCCGCCUGGCCAACCGCGACGGCUGGAGCGCGCUGCACAUCGCCGCGUUCGGCGGCCACCAGGACAUCGUGCUCUAUCUCAUCACCAAGGCCAAGUACGCGGCCAGCGGCCGGUGAUGCCCGACCCCACCGGGCCUGACCGGCCCCGGGCUCGCGCCCAUCGUCUCUGCUGUACUUUCCCGCCAACUACCUCGGUGCGCGCCCGGCGCCCGCAGACACGACGAGUCCGCGCCCACGGAGGCCCCGCGUCGGCCGGGGGUCAGCGCCCCCCCGCGGCCGCCCGGCCCGGCCGGGCCCAGCGCUUCCCACGGCCCCGCCCGCAGCCUCGCGGGUGGGGGCGGGGCGCGGGCUCCAGCGCCUUUGAAAUCUGAGUCUCGCUACCAGCAAGUUCGGAAUCCCGAGAUACCGGAUCCUCCGCUCGAGAUGUUUUCCCCUGCAGGUGGAGGGCGGGUGGCGGGGACGCCGGGCUCCGGGCUCCCGACCGACCGCAGGACCCGCCCGGCGCUGCCCGCUGCUGCCCAGGGGCCCCGCGGGGUGAGCGGUGCCCGGACGCCGCCGCGAGCAGACACUCCGCCGCGGUUCCUGGUGUCCCAAACUAUUUAUCAUGUGUGUGUAUUUGUGGGUGAAGUUCGUGCGCCUGAUUUUUUGUUUGUCUGUUUGGAAAAAUAUAUAUAUUGUGCGUGGUCAAUGUGGCUGUGGGGGGGUGCUCUUUUUUUUUUUUUUCCCUUCUAGUCCUAAAACUAAAACUUGAGUCUGUCAUUUCUUGGUUGCACUGAAGAUACCGCCCAGCCUGAUGGUUUUUCUCGAGCUGUCCUUUCGCCCCACCUCCUUUUCUCUCCCUCGAUUCUUUCUCUUGGCCUUUCCACUCCCCGCCUCUCUCUGUCUCUCACUUGGUGAGUUCGGGAGCCCCAGGCCUCCCUCCGCCUUUUCCCUUGAGAUUUUGCAGUUCCCACGGGAGCUUGGGUGCUCGGGCAUGGCGGUGGGGGAAUCCUACCUUUUCUAGUGAAUUCUUAGUAUAGUUUUAACAGUUGCACACUUUUUAAGAGAAAAAAGUAAAAGGAUUUGCCACGAUUAAAUGUCAUAACAUUUAUGACAAUAUAAAAUAUUAACCUAUUUUAAGCCAAGUUUUAGGUGUAUUUUUUGAAUCUUGGUUAUAAACCCAAUUUUAAAGGGCGUUGUAUUCAGCGUUGUGAAGGCAACAGUGUACCCAUAUUUAUAUUUUUAUAAAAUGCCUUUAAGACUGUGAA